CACAUGUGUACGGAGUAGAAGCCACCCGACCCAUCGUCAUUUCGAGUCUAUGACCACUCUUUUGUGGUGAUGCGCGGAACUGUCUUUCUAAUCAAGAUUUACUUGGACACUUUAGUCCUUUAGACUAGAAAUUUAGAUGUUUACGAAGUUUGAGGAUAUUAAUUGAAACCUAGGCAUCUGGAACAAUGGCUGACAGUGCAAGUGAACUAGAAAGUGACACUAGUUCCAUUGAUGGAGGGCCAACAUUUAGCAUCCAGUCACCUUCACCAGCUCAGGCUGAACAGCUCAGUAAACGUGUAGAGUCGUUACAACAAGAAAAUAGAGUUUUACGGAUGGAAUUAGACACUUACAAACUGAAAUGCAAAUCUUUACAGGAGGAGAACAGAGAACUUAGAAGGGCCAGUGUGUCCAUUCAAGCCAAAGCAGAGCAAGAAGAAGAAUUCAUCAGUAAUACAUUAUUAAAGAAAAUACAAUCAUUGAAAAAAGAAAAGGAAAUGCUUGCCAUGAACUAUGAACAAGAAGAAGAAUAUCUCACCAAUGACCUGUCACGUAAACUUUAUCAGUUACGUCAAGAAAAGAUAGAACUAGAGGAAACAUUAGAGAAAGAGCAGGAAUGUCAGAUCAAUAAACUCAUGAGGAAAAUAGAAAAAUUAGAAGCUGACACAUUCAACAAGCAGCAGACUUUGGAACAGUUGCGAAGAGAGAAAGUUGAACUUGAGAAUUCAUUAGAGCAAGAGCAAGAAUCACUUGUUAAUAGACUAUGGAAAAGAAUGGAUAAGUUAGAAGCUGAAAAAAGACUAUUGCAAGAAAAGUUAGACCAGCCAGUGUCUGCUCCACCAAGUCCAAGAGAAAUUAAUAAUGGAGACACUGCUUCUAAUUUAGUCCAGCACAUAGAUAGCCUAAGAUCUGAGGUGGCAAGAUUAAAAGAUCAGCUCAGGAAUGCACAAAUUGAACAUGCUGAAAAAAUGGCCCAGUAUGCACAGGAAGAAAGGCACAUAAGGGAAGAAAAUUUGAGACUUCAGCGUAGGCUGCAACUUGAGAUGGAAAGAAGAGAAAAUCUUUGUCGUCAUUUGUCUGAGUCUGAAUCUAGCUUAGAGAUGGAUGAUGAAAGGCACUUCAAUGAGAUUGCUAAACAUCAUGAAGCCACCUCUAGUAGCCACAGUGUGAGACCUCGCACUGUAUCUAGUCCUAUUCCUUAUAACACAAGUGCACCUAGAUCUAUCUCCCCAAGCUUGACCUAUGUUGCAGCCAAAAGCCCACCGAGCCCAAUGCGUCGCCCACAGCCUGGCCAACCAUUCCAUCCACCAGCCCAGCCCACAAACAUUGGCCACUCCUUUUCUUAUGGAACAGCCCCACACCACCCUAGUGCCAUUGUUGGUCCAGGGACCUCACCACCAGUAUUUGGAGUUAGUACAAACUCAAACAUGCAGAAAGCAAGAGUCAGUGGUGAAAAAUUUGCUAAGCCCAGUGGUUUUCAUGCAGACAAGACCUGAAUCUUCUUUUGGCACUGUUGCUCCUUCUGUGAUGGUUUAUUACCUUUCCCUUGAAAUUGAGAUCUAUAUUCUUUACACAAAAUGUGUGUGUGUUUGUAUCCUUGAGUUAAGGAUUCAGCCUCCCAUAUCUUUCUGAAUGAAACUAGUUUCUAUUGCUUUUUGUUUAGAUUGUCUGUAUUAUAUUUGCACAGUGCCUACGGUAAUGUUGUCAGAUGUUUUCUUUUUGAUACGUUUUUCCUGUUUUUCUCUUUGAAAGUCAAUUGUGCCAUCAUUUGACUCAAACACUCCAUUUGUGUUAAAGUAAAGCUUUUGAUGAUUUGUCAGAUGCAGUGUAGUGUUUUUUUGGUAUCUACUGUAGUGCAAUUACCAAUGAUGCUAAUUAUGACCAUCGAAUUGGCAUUUCCCCAUCCCAGUUUUUAUAUGUUUGUAUUAUUUUCAGUUUCAUUUGAGUUUUGUAUAGUCCUAUUAGUUUUAGAACCUGUAUGAGAGAUAAACUUUAAAAAAGUGUAAAAAUGUACCAAAGUUUGUUAUAGGGUGAUCAUUUCAUUCAUGGUUUUUAAAACUAAUUUACUUGAUACAUUUCAUUAAAUACCAGUGAUAUAUAUGUAUACCUUGGGUACUGUCCAAAAACUAAAUAUGUUGCUGUCAGUGAGUACCCUGAUUGUUGCUGUCUCUGCUUCAUUUGAACCCCUUACAUCUGAAUAGCAAGCUUAAUUGUGCUUCUCUAGUUUACAUAGCUUCAAUUGUAAAAGAAUCCCAUUAGAUCAGACUCUUAAGUAUUCUCAUGUGUGUUAUGUAAAUAUUUGGUCAGAUAGAAGUGGUUAAAGGAGGUAAUCAUAAUGAGGAGAUUGAAAUGGGCAGUGCAUUGGACUUCUUAGUUUCUUGUGUUAUUGUUUGCAUUUAACUUUUUCUUUCUUUUUUUUUUUUUUUUUUUUUUUUUUAUAUAUUAAGUUAAUCAUUAUGUUCAUUAAGUGUCCUCUAAAACUAAAUUCCUGUUCAGAUAGAACAAAUUUUAGUACCAGCAUUUAUGUUUAGCAUUUUCUCGUAAAUUUUAAGUUGCUUUUUUUUUUUUUUAUCUCUCCUGUCUACUUAAAUAAUAUUUAGCUGAAAAGGUCUACUAAAAAUGCAUUCAAAUAUCAGUGGUAGACACUUUAAUGUGAAAAAAGCACAUUUUUGGCCAGUUCCAUUAUUUAAAAAUGUAUUAAUGCUUACACUGAUAGAUAGUUAAAUACAGAAUUUAAAAAUAAAUGCUACUUCAAAGUACUAAACAUAAAUUAUAUUAUGACAAUGUAAUUUUUCUUUAGUAUCAAGUCAAAAAUACCUCAGAAUGAAGCUGAGUGCAUAUCAUAUACUUCUGCCAUCUGAUUGGCUGUUCUGCCCCAUCCGUCCAAUGAAAAUGUAUGGUGGUGUUUUUUUUUUUUUGCAAAACAAUUAAGUAGUAUAGUGGUAAUAUUAAUUCUUUGAAAGUUCUAAGGAGGCUUAGUGAGUGUUGGAAAGUUCUAAGUUGGUUUAGUGAUUUUUAGCUACAUAAUUUUAACCUUACACAUUAUUUUUAAGUGGAAUUAAAAAAAAAUUAAGAAUAAAUAUUUUACAUGUAAUAGAAUAGAAUUGAGGAAUUUACUUGCAAAUCUUACAAAAAAAGUCAUGAUUUUUCCCAUACUUCCUAGCAUACAAAUGAAAAAUAAUUGUAUGUUUGUAUUAAAUGUGUACAUUGCAUAAUAAAUGAUUUAUAGUAAAAAAUGAACAUCAAUAAUAUAAAGUAAUAUAUUUUUCAAGUGGACUCCUCAAUUGUAUUAGCAGGCAUAUACAUUUCUGUCAUGUUUACUUUUUAGCACAUUUUGGAGGGAUUUUAUUGAGCUGUUUGACUUUUGUCAGAUAGGCUUGCAAUUUAAUUGAACUUGACUAAUUUUAAAAUACGAAUUGCAUUAUAAAUAGCAACAUUCCAAAUUAAAAAGAAAAAAAUAGGAAAUAUAGAGACUGUGGUGUUGGUUCAAUAUUUUACUGCCUAUUUUAUUUACAAUAUGCUUGUUCAUUCAGUUAUUGCCAAAGCACUUUUUAUUGCUGUGUGUCAUGCUAAGUAAUCAGAAUCCAGAAAUAAACUGAUAGUGUCGGUCAGCAACUCAUUAUAGUCAUCUUACAUAAAGCUUUAGAUGUUGUCUUUGUUGGUACAAAACAAGAAAGUUUUUUUAAAAUUUGUGUUUCAGUAAAUAUUUAUAACUUUUUUGAUGCUAAAUAAAUUUUAAAAAUGUU